ACAACCGGGCAGCAGCUUCCGGUUUCCCCGCCUACAGCUGUCGGUUGUUUGCAAACAGAAGCUUACCGUCCAUCGUGUCCAUGGCCCCUCUUGCGUCCUCUGCGGUCCUUUAGCUCCACCACGAUGGGGGAAAACGACGGCAGCGAAAUCAUAGAGCACCACGUCGAGGAGGAGAUGGAGAAGAAAUGCACGCGGAGCCACGCAGCUUCCUCCUCGUUCCUGGAGAGCGUCACUCCGUCCGACAGAGAGGGCCACAGCGGCACCCAGUCCUCCCACAGACUGCUGGCCUACAGUGAUGCUCUCAUCUCCAUCAUCGCCACCGUCAUGAUAUUGCCUGUAGCCCAUACAAAGAUGGAAAAUAAUGAGGAGUUGAGGGAGAGUGUUCAGCUUCUGCUGACAACAAAGAUAGCCGUUUACUUAAUGACAUUCCUUAUUGUGACUGUUGCAUGGGCUGCACAUAUCAGGUUGUUUCAAGUAAUUGUACGCAUUGAUGAUUGCCUUGCACUGCUGAACCUCGCCUGCAUGAUGCUGAUAACCUUUCUACCGUACACAUUCUCUCUGAUGGCGACUUUCCCCGAGCACAUCCUCGGCAUUUUACUCUUUUGUGGUUGUGUGAUGGUGAUGGGCGUCAUUCAGUCGGUGAUUGUGUUGUACGCCUUCAGCCGUCCCUUCCUGCUUAACGAGCAGAUCCAGAUCUCCGAGAACCAAACCUACUACAAACACCACAUCCUCAAAGUCAUCAUGCGGGUUCCCCUCAUGUGCUUUUUCGCCAGCAUCUUCUCCUUCAUCUUCUUCCAGCUGUCUUACGUGCUGUUGGCGGUCGUCAUCUUCCUGCCGUACAUCUCCCAGUCUUUGAAGUGGUGUCGCAGCAAAGCAAUCGGUCAGGUGGAGGAGACUCCAGACUCCAUGUUGUUUUACACCUACCUGCCUAACGAGCCCCUCAGCAAGGACCGGGUGGAGGCUUUCAGCGACGGAGUUUAUGCCAUCGUAGCGACGCUUCUCAUCCUGGACAUAUGCGAGGACAACGUUCCAGACCCGACCGUUGUGCAGAAGCAGUUUGGUGGGAGCCUGAUAGCAGCUCUACAGGUCUACGGCCCAGAGUACCUCGCCUACUUUGGUUCCUUCGCCACCGUCGGCCUUCUCUGGUUUGUGCACCACUCGCUCUUCCUCCACGUCACCAAGACGACGCGCUUUAUGGGCCUGCUGAACACCUUCUCACUGGCGUUUGUCGGAGGUUUGCCUUUAGCCUACCAGCUAACACAUGAAUUCCCGCGCAACUCUCGCAAUGAACUCGAAGCCAUUCAGAUCAGCUGUGUGAUCAUCUUCUUCGCUGGUAUAUUUCAGCUCGCUAUUUGGGUGGUCGCUCUUUACAAUGAACAGGAAACCCUGCACCCUUAUGUGCGAUAUGGCGGACGCGAGCACAUAUUCAUGCUAGCUAAGCUGUCUCUGUACCCCUGCGUAGCUCUAGGGACGUUUUUCCUAACUUGUAUUUUGAGUAAAUUCAGCGCCUCAAUUUUCCACCUGAUGGAGAUUACGGUGCCUUUUGCUUUCCUCGUGUUGAGGCUGUUGGUGCGUGUAGGGCUAGCAUUGCUACGGCUAGUUUUCUGUCCUGAUAGGCCUGACCACAGGGUUAUUGUAGAGGAGGGAGAUGACGAGACUAGAGUGCCAUUCAACGCUUUAGUCACCUAGCUAGCUUGAAGGAAACUGGCCACAGAAAGUCAAGCUAAAUGACCGAGAAGUGAGACAUUGUUGUUAAAAUGCUUGGUCUCUGAAAGAGUUACUAUAAUGGACUGAAGUGGAAAUCGCAUAAAGAAGAUUGUUCUCUUUUCAAUAUUUCUACUGGUCGAUUAGACGCCACGUCGCAAGUUGAAGGAAGUAUGGAAACCGAGUUGGGACAGCAGGUUACUGACAGCCAAAGCCUAGCCAUUCAUUUGUUUUGUUUUUUAAACUUGAAGACUAGUCGUAUGUCCACAAAAAGGUUUCACUUUGAUUUUAAAGGCCAGAUGUCCGAAAGUAGCAAAAGG